AUGGAUACUCAACCUCAAGAAACUGAGGAAGAUUAUAAUUUAACCAUUCCCUCGGCUCUUCAAAAAGACAGUAAUGAUAGUGCUUCUAACAUUAUUUCUAAACAAAUAAAUUUAGAAAAUGAAAACAUAGCUGGAUCAACGAACACGCAAAUUGAAGAUUCUUAUGUGGAAAAUACUAAUGUUGAAGACGACGAAGACUUGGAACAUAUUGAAUCAGAUAACCAAGAUGAUGAUGAAUUAUUAUUCGUACAACAUCCAGAAGAUAAUGGAGAUAGUGAUAAUAUGGUAUCUUCAAUUCACACAAGUGAUGAUACAGAGUCAGAAAACUCUCUAAACAUGCGAGAUGAUUCUAGUAGGAUGCUUGAUAGUCCACCUGAUAUUCGUACACCUUCAUCACCUUCACAAAAUUCCGAAGAUAACAUUAGCAUAGAAUCAAUACCUACGGGAGAGUUUUCAAGUCCUUCAAAUAACGAUGAAUCCAUUGAACGGGAUAUACCUGUUAAGCCAGCUCCAGGUGAAACUCGUGAGCAAAUUCUUGCCCCUUUGGAUUUCAUUGAUGAUUAUGAUAAUGAGAUAAUUCAAUUAACUCCAAUUUUAACUAAAGCUAUAGAGACCGAUGAUGAUCCACCAAAAAUUUUGUUUAGACAUCAACAAAAUACUGGUCUGGAUUUUCGUCAUAGACAAAAUUCUAGUUUAGGUAGUAUGGCUUUAAAUAUUUUUCAUCAUCAAUUGUUGCUUCCGUUUUUUCAAGGAUUUAGUUGGGGAAUUGGGAUGCAUCUUUAUCGUUAUAUGAGAAAUGGGUUUUCGCUAAGAAGUUUUUGGAGAUCUUUAUCUGGAGGUGUCAGAAGUUCCUCUUCGCAAUAG